AUGGAUUACCAAAGCCUUGCUACACCAGAGUCGUGUUACGUCGACUUUUGCCUUCUUCCUCUCGGAACAGGAACCGUUUCCGUUGCAGAGGAUAUCGCAGAGGUGCAAAAGGUCCUCAAGGCAAGUGGAUUGAAGUAUACUCUUCACUCUGCCGGUACCACAGUCGAGGGCUCUUGGGAUGAGGUUAUGGCGGCUGUAGGAAAGGCUCAUGCUGCUGUGCACAAACGCGGCGUGGUGAGAAUCCAGUCUUCCAUGAGAGUUGGUAGUCGAACGGAUAAGAAGCAGACUGCUGAGGAAAAGGUCAAGAGGGUGGAAAACAUUUUGGCCAACGAGUCUAAGUAG